AUGGGCUCCAAGACACCUGAGCAGGAGAGUCAGAAUGGCGGCAAUGACCCGUUCGACUCGACCUCUACCGCCGCUGGUGGAGAGCCACGAGGCGAUCAUCACUCCCGGGAUGGAGACGGACCUAUGGGUGACGAAGACGGUGAUGAUGAAGACGGUGACAGUCAGUCCCGGAUUGUUACCGAGUCAUUAACCCCUCAACCUCCAACAACAAGCGCACCAAAGAAGAAGAAAAAGAAGUCCAAGAAGAAGACAGCCACGAAGCAGUCUUCUCCUCCCCGGGUCCCGCUAACUAAGAUCUUCCGCAAUGAUCAGUAUCCAAGCGGUGAGAUGCAGAGCUACGAGUCCGUGAUCGACAACACGGCUCGCACUACUGCCGAGGAAGCUCGCCACGAAGCCCGACAGGCCGUCCAGGACAAAACCUGGCUGAACAACUAUCGCAAGGCAGCUGAAAUUCACCGUCAAGUUCGAAAAUGGACUCAAGAGAACGUACGACCGGGUGAAUCUCUCACAAAGGUUGCUGAUGAUAUUGAUGAGGGCGUAAGAGCCCUUCUUGAUAACCCGGGACUCGAGACUGGAAGUUGCUUAGUAUCUGGAUUGGGGUUUCCAACGGGUCUUGCGAUAAACAAUUGCGUAGCACAUUGGACACCCACUCCUGGGCAGAAGGACGUCAUCCUGCAACAAAGCGAUGUCAUGAAGGUGGACUUUGGUGUUCACAUCAAUGGCUGGAUCGUUGACAGUGCUUUUACUAUGAGCUUCGAUCCAACAUAUGACAACCUGCUUGCUGCAGUCAAGGAUGCAACCAAUACUGGCAUCAAGAACGCUGGUGUCGAUGUCCGUAUCAGCGAUAUCAGUGCCGCAAUUCAAGAGACCAUGCAAAGCUACGAAGUAGAAAUCAAUGGUAAAACCUAUCCGGUCAAACCAGUCCGUGACAUCUCCGGUCACAAUAUCAAGCAAUAUCAGAUUCACGGAGGGAAGUCGAUUCCUUUCGUGAGAACUAAAACCCAGACCAAAAUGGAAGAAGGCGAAGUCUUCGCCAUCGAAACAUUUGGAUCUACGGGACGCGGUCAUACGAGAGACGGUCUUGGCGUAUAUGGCUACGGCAAGAACUAUGAUGCCCCCAAGAAAGUGGUCACUCCUCUUGCCUCGGCUCGCUCUUUGUACAAGACCAUCAACGACAACUUCGGCACAAUUGUGUUCGCCCGUCGCUACCUCGAGCGCCUCGGCGUCGAUCGCUAUCUGGCUGGCAUGAACAGCCUUGUGUCUGCAGGAGUUGUCGAUCGUUAUCCGCCUCUGAUGGAUAUCGAAGGCUCGUAUUCUGCACAGUUCGAACACACCAUUUUACUGGGAGAGUCGAGCAAGGAGGUUAUCAGUCGUGGAGAUGACUAUUAA